AUGGAAGAGCUGGAUGUAAAUAAGCUAGAAGAUGAGAUGGAUGCAUUCAUCAAGCUUAAAGUGAAAUUGGACAAAGUAAAGAAAUACCGAGAGCAUAAUUCUAAAAGACUUGACGAGCUUAAGAAAGAAAUGAAAAGAAUUAGAGAACAUAUGGAUGAUGUUAAUAAACAGCAAAAUCUGGCGAUUCAUAAAGUGAUUACUGGGAGAAGGAAGGGAUAA